UGCAAAAAAAAAAAAAUGUUUUAAUUAAAAAAGAAGAAGAAAAAAAGAAAAGAAAAGAAACAGCGAAUUCCGGCUCUCUUACUUGCUCUAUUUAUGCAUUGAGCUUUAAUUUGUGUUUACUUAAGCAUGUGAUUUCGUCGAAGCUCAUUCUUGUGCAAUAAAUCACGCACAGGCUUCCAUUUACAGCCCUUCACAUCCAUGCACAGCCCAUGAAACUUCUAUUUUUUUUCUCCACUGCACGUCCUGCCUUGACUGAUGGCAACGGGAGCAGACGCAGAUCUCUGUAGAGGAACACCGAGAGCUGAGCACGGGAGUAAGCGCAGCGCCUAUGUGAGAGCGUGUGUUUCCCCUCUGUAUCAGGACAGCGGUUGCCAGUGGUUUUGUCCGAGCGCAAGCUGGAGGUGUGGUAAACUCUCGUCUGCGGCGUGUGUCGGUUCCGUGUCGUUUUGUCUUGCAUUUCUGCUCCAGUUUGUCGAGUGGGAUGUGGAGCCCAGCUCCGGUUGUACCAGUGCUGUCCCGGCUGACUCGGGGUCUUCAUUCCUUUCCAGUGUGCUGGAGUUCUGCUUCGCCUUGUGGCAUCUGAUCGCCCCCAUUUUCACACUGGUGAGUGCCUUCUUCUGGGCCGGCCUCUAUUUGAUCCGCUGCGGAGUGCUGGACCGGACUAUCGUUCUCCUGCUCACCCUGUGUCAUUUGGGAGAAGCGGCGGCGCAGAGCUUCUUGCAUGGCUCGGACGAGCAGCUGCACUCCCUGACAGCUUGCGUGCUGGUGCUCGGCUGCUUGGCAAGCGGGGCACUCGUGGUGAUGCGACUGGGCCAGGGCAUCUCCGUCAUCCUCUUCAUCAGCAUCAUCAGAGCCGCCUCGCUCAUUUCUCUGCACAGAGUUCGCGCUAGCUGGAGACCCUACCUGGCGUACCUGGUCGGGGUUCUGGGCGUCCUGUUGGCGAGGUAUGCUGACAGGCUGCUUCCGAAUCAGACAAGCCAACUGGGGGGCUGCAACUCCGUGACAGGCUCGAGAGAAGACCUUCUCGUGUUUAAAAGGCGCAGGAGAUCCAGCUCCGUAGUUUCAUCAGACAUGGCACAGCACGGCUUCGAGGCCAGCAGCAAGUCGCACAGAAGAACCUCCCUGCCCUGCAUCCGAAAAGACCAGUCCUCAGGCACCACUGUGAUGGUGGACAUUGCGGUGAUGGGUGAAGCCCAUGGACUAAUCUCAGACCUCCUCGCUGACCCAUCACUGCCUCCAAACACCUGCAGCUCAUUGAGAGCUGUUAGUAAAUUACUCAACACCCAACUCACCUUUCAGCCAUUGCAUCAUCGCUCACGCAUCAACCCUCUGCUGGUUUCCACCGAUGGAUACUCCUGCACUGAUCUUGAGGAGGGUCUUGAGAAAAGUGAUAAACUGACUAUCCCUAAGCACCGCCCCCGACGGAGUUUGCCUUCUGGGCCUCUUCGGCGAAUUUCAUCUUCCUGGACAACUACCACCUCUGCCACAGGGCUUCCUACCAUUGAGCCAAGCCUGGUCAGACGAGACCAUAGUUCCACCAUCAAACCAGUUAAUGACAAUCCCUCUGGCAGGUCCAUGUCUGUCUCCCACAUCACCUCAGCCCCCAACUACCUCUACAACAAAGUCAGGCAAGUCCAGGGAAACUCUGUAAACAGCCACACCAAUAAGGGGCCCUCAGUGGACCCGCCUGAUUCUGUGGCCCUGCAGAGCAAUUGCCUCCCACAAGGGGCCUUUCACCGAGCCUUAACCUGCAACUCGCCCAGUUCCAGAACUUCACACUGGACUCUCCCCUUACUCUGUAGCAGCUGUGGAAGGCCAUAUAGCAAUAUGUGGCAUGGACAGGAUUCUCCAGACAAAGCUGACCAAACACAGCUAUCAGAUGAUCCAGCUCUGGUGUCCCCUGACUGUGACAGUACAUAUGAAACAAAUCACAGUGACAGCAGCGAUUUGGCACAGAUUGAGGAGGAUCGAGACGCUCAAAAACAGCUCUACAACGUGCAAGACCAUUGCAGGACAUUGCAAGCGAAGAGACUUCUCUUACACCCCCUCCUACCACCAGAGAACAAGCCUAUUCUAGCCCCUGAACCACUGGUGAUGGAAAGCCUGGAGCCCCUAAUGAGUCAGAUCAACAAUUGGAACUUCCCAAUAUUCAGCCUGGUGGAGAAAACUAAUGGAAAGUGUGGUUGCAUUCUGAGCCAGAUGUCUUACAGACUGUUUGAAGAUACUGGUCUCUUUGAAUCCUUCAAGAUUCCAGUGAAGAAAUUUAUGAAUUACUUCCAUGCUUUGGAGAAUGGUUACAGGGACAUUCCAUAUCACAACAGGAUUCAUGCUACCGAUGUUCUCCAUGCUGUCUGGUAUCUUACCACACAGCCUGUGCCAGGCUUACCUUUGCUGGCUCACAACUCAGUCAGUGACUCAGAUGCUGUCAGUGGGAUCAGUCAUGGUAAUAUGGAUUAUUUGUUCUCUAAGACCUACCCACAAAUGGAGGAUGGCUAUGGCUGUCUGUCAGGGCUUAUUCCUGGCUUAGAGUUAAUGGCAUUGUAUGUAGCAGCUGCCAUGCAUGAUUAUGACCAUCCUGGCAGAACCAAUGCCUUCCUGGUGGCCACCAGUGCUCCACAGGCGGUAUUGUACAAUGACCGUUCAGUUCUGGAGAAUCACCAUGCUGCCUCUGCCUGGAAUCUAUUCAUGGCCCAUGCUGAGUACAACUUUCUGGAAAGCUUAGAUAAUGUGGAUUUCAAGCGAUUUCGCUUUCUGGUUAUUGAGGCCAUUCUAGCCACUGAUCUGAAAAAGCACUUUGACUUCUUGGCCGAAUUUAAUGCUAAGGUGGGGCAUGAAGGUUGCUCAGGUAUUGACUGGUCCAACGAGAAUGACCGGCUUUUGGUCUGCCAGAUGUGCAUCAAGCUAGCUGAUGUUAACGGACCACUGAAGCACAAAGAUCUUCAUCUUCAGUGGACAGAGGGCAUUGUCAAUGAGUUUUAUGAGCAAGGUGAUGAGGAGGCCAGUCUGGAAUUACCCAUCAGCCCAUUCAUGGACCGCUCAGCCCCACAGCUAGCCAAGUUGCAGGAGUCUUUUAUCACACACAUCGUUGGGCCGCUCUGCCGCUCCUAUGACACAGCUGCCCUCAUGCCUGGCCGGUGGGUGGAGCCUCAGCCUAGUGAGGCUGAAGAAGGAUCUGGUGUGGAGGAGACUGACGAAGAAGAAGACAUAACUGAGGAAGAUGCCUCCACCAACUCGGAUCAGUCUCAGAAACUGAUGCCUAAAAUGCGACAAAAGGUCUUCUGUCAGAUCACCCAGUACCUAUUGGAAAAUCAUGAAAUGUGGAAGAAGGUCAUAGCUGAGGAGACCCAACACCAAACAAAGACAAACAAAGCCUCUGACCCAAUCCUGGCCAUUCAUGAAGAGGAGGAGGAGACAAUAAGCAAGGACAAGCCAACAGAGGAUAAGGAGCAAAACACAGAAGGAGGGGAGAUAUGGUCAACAGAAGAGCAGCAAUAUGAGGCACCAAUAAAAGAUGAACAGACUGAAUAAAGUGAGGACACAAAACCAGAUUAAACAGUUAAGAUAUAUCAGGAAACUGAAAAUCGAGACACAAGCUGUAGAAAAAUUGGGGAGACAGAAAUGGUAUGAGACUUCAGAGAAUCCGGAGACAUGGAGCAAAUGAGAGAUUUUUCUAGUCUAGAAUAUUUUCACAAAGCCUUUAUUUCUAAACAAGACUCCUGAUUAAUGGUUGCCAGCACAUCACAAAGACACACAAAACACUGUAGAUUCUUUAGGUGAAAAGGUUUCUCUAUGAAACAGGGAUGUAUCCUGUCUUUGGAUAAGGGGGUAUUUACUAGUCCAAUAAAAUGGGAUUUCUAAAAAUGAACAUGAACAGGAUUUUUGAAAGCUCCACACUUUGGUGGUGAACUCAGUUACAAAACAAAAAAGUUUCAUGACUGGGCUUUCAGUGAUCUGCACUUUUUAAUCUAUUCAUUUCAGCAAGUAUUUUUAAGGGCGUUGGUAUUAAAGUGAUUUAGGAAUCACAUCCGUCAUUCAAUUUACUUUUAUUUGUAUAGCACUUUUGCAAUGGACAUUGUCCCAAAGCAGCUUUAUAGAGGAUGAUCAUGGUACAACAUUUCCAUCAUGACACAACCAGUGCUUUCAAGCUCAUAGCACACUCAUUAAACACUCAAAUACACCACAAUUCAUAUGAAAGUAAGAAGGUUCAUAGAAUGCAUCUAAGAGACACGUGUAACACUACUUAUAUUCUCUCUUUUUAUUUUUUAAAGCUAAAAGCAUCUCUCCUUUUAUAAAUUAUUUUGCCACUUGAUUUUCUGAGGAGGUUUCAUGCCUCCAGAGGUUCACCACCUGCCAGUAGAGUAGCACCCUGACUUUGCAGGUGCACUAGUGAAUGUUCAAGUGUUUGUCCUUUUUAAUAUGACACGUUUCUUAAAAAUAAUUUUCAGGUUACAGGUUUGGUUUCAAUCGUUUUAGUUUGUGACCUGACAUUCCUGUUUAUCAUUGGAUCAUUCCUGUUGAUCCAACAUUUUAACAUUUCCUCCUUUUGCAGUUUUACACAUUUAAAAACAAAAUCUGAAUCUCCUGUUUUUAUAUGGCUUGUUAGAAAGAAAUAACACAGACACUACAUACAGCUCAUACCUGUAUGCUUUUAUGAUAUUAUUCUUUAAAGAUGAAGUAUGCAAUGCAGUUACUUUGCUUAUUAAAACCGAAGUAAAUCAA